UCCUUCACCGAAUGUUGUAGCACUGUCUUGAAACUGAUUAAAAGGUUGUAUUGCAAGGCAAUUCAUAUUUCUUGCAUAUGAUUGGUGAUUCAUACUUCUCUUUUGAGAUGAAUAAGGCGAUUCCUUGAAAGUACAAUAUUAAAUAAGAGAACUGAGAUAAAGGAUAAAAAGACAAUCACAUUAAUUUCUAUUGUCUUUCUGACUUCAUUUUCAACACCAAGCUGGUCAACAUCAGUUUCCUGAAUACUUCUGAAAGUAGCGCACCAUCAGUGAUGGCUGUAACAUUGGCGAUUGAUGAAGACUAUGGCUAUGUCAUUCUCGUAGGUGUACUUUCUAUGCUAUUCGGCUAUGGACUUGGUGCAAAUGUUUUCUUAGCGAGAAAACGUUUUGGUAUAAAAUAUCCUGCUAUGUUCAGUGAGACAAAUAUGCAGUUUAACUGCAUGCAGCGAGUGCAUGGAAAUUAUUUGGAAAUGUUCCCAACAUUUCUGGUCCUGCUAUUCUGCGGUGGCUUAGCACAUCCAAUGUAUUGUGCUAUCGCUGGAGUUAUUUAUCUCCUGGGAAGAUUAGUUUAUUCUAUCGGAUACAGCACUGGAGAUCCCGAAAAGAGACUGUUUGGACUUUUCUCCUACCUUGGACUUAUCUACCUCCUGUACAGCACUCUAGAACUAGCAGUAAGAUUACUGCGAUGGGUGUGAAAUGAAAAAAAAAAAAUAAUUUUCAAGUAAUCUUAAAAACAAAAUUAAUUUUCCAUCAGUACUGAUUUUGUUGAAUUUAGUCUUCAUGUGUACAUCUUUUUAUUGUUGCUUGAUGGCUAGGACAUUUUAUACCUUACUUUGUUGAAUUUGUAUGUAAUUUAACAAUAAACGUUUUAAAAAAAA